AUGAGUCCCUGGGGCUGGCUCCUGCUGCCGACCCUCUGGCUCCUGCCCACGGGCGCAGCCCCGCGGCGCGGCGCGCCCGCCUCAGCCAACUGUGAGCUCAAGCCCCAGCAGAAUGAAUUAAAUUCCUUCCUGUGGACCAUAAAGCGAGACCCGCCAUCUUACUUCUUUGGCACGAUCCAUGUCCCCUACACCCGGGUUUGGGACUUUAUCCCCGACAACUCCAAGGAGGCUUUUCAGCAGAGCAGCAUUGUGUACUUCGAGCUGGACCUCACGGACCCCUACACCAUCUCGGCCCUCACCAGCUGUCAGAUGCUGCCGCAGGGCGAGAACCUCCAGGACGUGCUCCCCAGGGACAUCUACUGCCGCCUCAAGCGCCACCUAGAGUACGUCAAGCUCAUGAUGCCCUCGUGGAUGACCCCAGACCAGCGUGGCAAGGGGCUCUACGCGGACUACCUCUUCAACGCCAUCGCGGGGAACUGGGAGAGGAAGAGACCCGUCUGGGUGAUGCUCAUGGUCAACUCCCUGACCGAAGUGGACGUUAAGUCCCGUGGGGUGCCUGUCCUAGACCUGUACCUUGCCCAGGAGGCCGAGCGGCUGAGGAAACAGACUGGGGCCGUGGAAAAGGUGGAAGAGCAGUGCCAUCCGCUGAAUGGCCUGAACUUUUCACAGGUCAUCUUUGCUUUGAACCAGACCCUCCUGCAGCAGGAGAGCCUUCGAGCAGGCAGCCUUCAGAUCCCCUACACGACGGAGGAUCUCAUCAAACACUAUAACUGUGGGGACCUCAGCUCCGUCAUCUUCAGUCAUGACAGCUCCCAGGUUCCCAAUUUUAUUAACGCCACACUGCCGCCGCAGGAGCGCGUCACUGCCCAGGAGAUUGACAGCUACUUCCGCCAGGAGCUCAUCUACAAGCGGAAUGAGAGAAUGGGGAAGCGGGUGAAGGCCCUUUUGGAAGAGUUUCCGGACAAAGGCUUUUUCUUUGCCUUUGGAGCCGGUCAUUUCAUGGGCAACAAUACAGUGCUUGAUGUCUUGCGGCGCGAAGGCUAUGAGGUAGAACACGCCCCCGCUGGACGACCCAUCAACAAAGAGAAGAGUAAAAGCCCCUCAUCAGGGCCCGCCUCCUCUGCCAUCUUAGUUCCGGAAGUGCCCACGGCGGAAGCGCGGGCACCGGAAACUGAGUCCGCAGUGCACUCGCUGUGGCCUCUCCACGUGUCCCCGCCUGGCAGUGCCCACCUGGGAGUCGUAGCGGAGCAGAAGUUUCGGAAGAAACGGAGGCGGCCUCGGCCACAGCGAAAGCAGCGGUUUCGGCAGUUCAGCGAUCUGUGGGUCCGACUGGAGGAGAGUGCUGAGGUCCCACAGCUCCAGGUCCCCGUUCUGGAUAGGCACGUCUCUCCCGAGCUGCAGCUUCUGUGCCACGGACAUUCCCCCCACAGCCAGAUGGUGGCCAGCAGUGCCUGUCUGUCUCUCUGGACUCCUGUGUUCUGGGUGCUGGUGCUGGCUUUCCAAACAGAGACAUCCCUCCUGUGGUGACUGGCGGAGCUAGGCCAGGCCCCUGACACCUUGGACUUGAAGGAUGGCCAUUCCUGUACUCCACACUCUGUUCUGGCUUUGAUGGGCUCAACCCAGGAGAAGAGAGAGAAUAAAUGUCAGUGUUGAUUCUUCUCUUUCCAAGGAAUCACUCUGGGUUUCCAGCAGUGCUGGGGGUAGGUGUACAGUUUUAUAACAUAAUGACUUGUAUGAAAGUAAUUAUAAAUGAAUUAUAUGGAAAUAAUUAAAUACUUUUUCUUUGUA